AAAUAAAAAUAAGACAAGAACUGUGUCAGAGUUAAACUGUGUCAGAACAAAUUCAUCUUGAUAAUGUCAGAUAACUUUGAAAGAAAGGUAUGGAACAAAACAUGGUCAGGUGAAAGUGUCAAGUCAAAAUUUCGGUCCCAAAUUUUAAUCAGUUUUACUGGUAGUCCACUGUAUGAAGAAUUUUUGGGUACAAUAUGUCACAGUUUAUUUUGUUUUGUGUUCCUCGUUUUAAAUGAACUAUAAAAUGAACUAGUAAAAAACAAAAUAAAAAAAUCUGAAUAAUUCUUGGCUGAACUGUACAAUGUUACCAAUACAGCUGUGACAGAAAAGGAAUAUUUAAUAAACGAACACAUAAAAAAUAAGAUGCCAAUAGCUACACUGUUUAAUAAAACUACUGCAGUCUUCCAAGGCUAAACUUUUAUGGAUAUUAACACUCAUUCCACAUGUCAACAAGUUAGUCUAGUGUUACCGAUAAAUCCUGGACAUCCGUUAAUUAUGUAACGCGUUUCAAGGUUCCGAUUGGUCUCGCGCGGUUUUAUGAUUUGCUGCAUGACAUCAGCUGGAUGAGAGGAGAGGCAGCAGCGGUUCCUCAUCACUAUGACACACAGUCUGAGGAUAUAAAAGCCUGGGCCACUCCUUCUGCACCCGCUGCACGGCUUCAGAUAGCAGCUCACUUCAGGUUGCCGGACAGAGAGUGAGUGAGUGUGUGUGAGUGUCUGAGAGAAUGGCGACGCUGGUUGAUUCUGUAGAGACUCCAGCACCCUUCGGAGGUGUCAGCAGCAUCAGGAGCACGGCAUCACCCACGGCCUCGACAAAUCACUUCGACGAGAGCAAAUAUUACCUGCUGGUGGUCAUUGGAGAGCUGGUCACUGACGAGCAUCUGAAGUGUGCCAUUGCGGACAUUGAGAAAGGAAUUCGAUCAUGGGACACAAACCUGAUUGAUUGUAACCUUGACCAGGAGCUGAAGCUCUUUGUUUCUCGACACUCUGCCAGGUUUUCAGCCGACGUGAGAGGACAAAAGAUUCUGCAUCACAAAAGUAAUGUGUUGGAGACAGUAGUGCUCAUCAACCCUUCAGAUGAAGCUGUUAGCACUGAGGUACGUCUGAUGGUCUCAGACACAGCACACCAUAAGCUGCUUGUCCUGGCAGGACAGUGUUUUGAAAAUACAGGAGAGCUGAUUCUUCAGUCAGGCUCCUUUUCUCUCUCCAAUUUCAUUGACAUUUUUACAGAUCAAGAGAUUGGAGAGCUAUUAAGCACUAUACAUCCAGCCAACAAAGCCAGUUUAACUCUUUUCUGUCCUGAGCAUGGUGACUGGAAAAAUUCGAACCUGGACAAACACAACUUGCAGGACUUCAUCCAUAUGAAGCUAAACUCCCCAACCAUCCUUCCAGAAAUGGAGGGCCUUUCUGAAUUCACAGAGUACCUGUCCGAAUCUGUAGAAAUCCCAUCUCCGUUUGACAUGCUUGAACCCCCAACUUCAGGAGGGUUCCUAAAAUUAUCCAAACCAUGCUGUUAUAUUUUCCCUGGUGGACGGGGUGAUUCAGCACUGUUUGCGGUUAAUGGAUUCAACAUGCUGAUUAAUGGUGGAUCUGACAGAAAGUCUUGUUUUUGGAAGCUGGUACGACAUCUGGACAGAGUGGAUUCUGUUCUCCUCACACACAUUGGAGAUGACAACCUUCCUGGUAUCAAUAGCAUGCUGCAGCGCAAAAUAGCUGAACUUGAGGAGGAGCAGUCACAGGGAUCCACAGCUAACAGUGACUGGACAAAGAAUAUGAUCUCACCUGAUAUUGGAGUUAUGUUUGUCAACAUGCCCCAGAACCUAGAAAACCUUGAGCCCAACUACAAGAUUAGGAGAAAUGCUGAGGAGCUAUCUCUCACGCUGCAGUACCUAAACAAGUUGUCUUUAAAGCCUGAACCUCUGCACAGGAAUAUUGGGAAUACAGUAGAACCAAUUAUACUUUUCCAGAAAAUGGGAGUCGGAAAGCUUGAAAUGUAUGUUCUUAACCCAGCUGAGAACAGCAAGGAGUUGCAGUAUUUUCUGAAAGAAUGGACUGGUAGUGAUAAAGACAAAGCCUCCAUCUUGUUACCAAAUGGAAAAGAAUCAGAGCUCCCAAUCUCAUAUUUGUCUUCCAUCUCAUCACUGAUUGUGUGGCAUCCUGCUAACCCAUCAGAAAAAAUCAUCCGAGUUCUCUUUCCAGGCAAUUCCACUCAGAAUAAUAUUCUCGAAGGUCUAGAGAAACUUAAACACUUAGACUUCCUCAAACAUCCAGUGAUCACACAAAAGGAGCUUAAUUCAGAUUUAGCACCAACACUGAAACAAGCAAAGAUGAAACAUAAGACAGAUAGCAAAGAGAGCCUGAAGUCCACAUCGAAACCAUCCCCAAGCAAAAAUCUCCACAAGGAGUCCAAAGAAGAAUCCCCUGAAAAACUAAAAACCAUGAGUAAGACUGACUCUGCGGAAACUCAAGAGCCAGCACAAAAAACAGAGAAGAAAGAAAAAACACUUGUGAAAAAAGUGAAAACAGGAGACAAGGACAUUAAAAGCAAGACUGAGCAAACACCCAAAAUUGACACUCCAGAGAAAAAGAAAGUUGACAUUAAACCAAAAACAAUAAAGAAAGAAACAAAGAAAUCCAUGGAAAAAAUUGAGGCUGAUAAAAAGGCUGAGAAACCCACACCCAAGAAAGAAGAAAAGGUCAAAAAAGAAGAGAAGGUGAAGAAAGAGGAGGUGAAGAAGGAAAUUAAAAGACGAGACAUUAAGAAAGACUCCCUAUUAAAGGAGAGCAGAAAGGAUGAAAAGAAAGAAACUCAGAAAGAUGAAAAAGAACCCAAGAAAGAUUUGAGGAAAGCUGGCAGCUUAAAAAAGAACGCCCCUAGCACACCUGAGGUGAAAAAACCUGCACCUAAACCUAAGGUUGCAGCACGAGGCAAAGGCCCUGGUAGUCCUGCAAAAUCCAAAGAGAAGGCUAAGCCCAAGGCCACCAAAAAAGAUGCUGGCGAAUCAGUGGAAGCACCUUCCAUCUCAAGUGUUACUGCUGAGGAACCUGCUGUUGAAGCCAGUGUAACAGAUGUUCUUGAGGCAGAGAGGUCACUCAUGUCUUCUCCAGAAGACCUCACUAAGGACUUUGAUGCUCUGAAAGCAGAGGAGAUUGUUGAAGAUGACGAAAUCCUACCACAGACCAAAAUAGACGAUACUGAUCAAAGAGAGAUGAUUAAGCAUGAAGAAAUAAUUCCUUGCAAAGAGUCUCCAGAAGCAGCAGAGUCCUUGGAUGAAGGAAUAGCAACCACAGAAGCUGAGGAAGAAUGUGGUGGUACUCCAGGGGAUCUAGAACCCAAUCAAAAAAGCAAUGGUGCCAGUGAAAAAUUUGAAGAUGAAGGAACAGGUUUGGAAGAGUCAUCCGAGAUAGGGGACUAUGAAGAAAAGGGAGAUACAGAGGAAGUGGAUGAGCAAGACAGGGCAAUAUCGAAGUUAAAAGAUGAUGGAGAGCAAGAAGAGCAGGAAACCAAGGAAGGAUCAGAUUAUGGUGCAGAAGAACCACAAUAUAGAGAUGACAAAGAAACCGAGAUGCAGAGUGUUGAUGUAACCACACCACCAAAGAUCUCUGCACCGGUAUCUCCUGCUGCUUCUAUUCAUGAUGAAACCCUACCAGCAGGUUUAGAAAGUGAGGUCGCCUCUGAUGACGAAAAUCGAGAUGAACCUCAAGAAGAAUACACAACGUCUGGACACACUCAGUCUACAAUUGAGAUCUCAAGUGUUCCAACACCUAUGGAUGAAAUGUCUACUCCAAGAGAUGUAAUGAGUGAUGAGACAACUAAUGAUGAAAGUGAUUCUCCCUCCCAAGACUUUGUCAGGUACGGUAUGACUACAGACUAUGAGAAGAAGAGCCUUUCCCCUCUAAAAGACGUUCCUGAGUUAGAUCAUUCCAAGAGUGAUGCCACUGAGGGACAUGACUAUCAUGCAUCAGCUUCCACCAUUUCACCACCAUCUUCACUGGAGGAAGACAAAUCUGCCAAGGAGUUUUUUGUUAAAGACGCAUUCUCUUUUGAUUCAAACAGGCUCAGUGCUACCACUACAACUUUGCCUCUUGUCAGGUCACCUUCUGGUGACAAAAAUGUGAAUGUUGACCAUUUUCAUGCAGGUGUCUCUUCCCCAAUUGAACUGGGAACCACUUUAGCUGGGAUUUCAAAAGGAACGGAAUCAUGCAGUCCAGAUGAGAAAACCUUAGAGGGACCUUUAUCUCCUCAGUCUUCAGGUCAUACACCUUACUACCAAUCCCCAGUAGAGGAAAAAGCUGGCUCUCUACCAUUGGACAAAUCACCUGAGCCUGAGGGUCCUAUUAUCGUUGACAUCACUAGUGACAAGGAAUACUCUCCCAGAGAGGCUAGUCCUAUUGAUGAAGCAGUGCCUGUGUCACAAAUGGAUAAGAAGGAAUCACCAAGUUAUGAAUUUGACCACAAGACCCCAAGCCAGAUUGAUGAUAAUGAUAAAAAGUUACCAACUGAUGACAGUUCUUCAGCUACAUCUGCUACAUCUUUGCCACCGGCUAAAGUAGAGAGCCUUUCUGAUACAAAUCCUUUCACAACAUUUAAAGAGGACAGCAAAAUGUCCAUAUCCGAGGGGACCACAUCUGAUAAGUCUGGCACUCCAGUUGAUGAGGUUGUUGCAGAGGACACAUUUUCUCACAUUGCCUCUGCCUCAACAGCAUCGCUUGCAACAAGUUCUUUACCAGAACCUACAACAGAUGAUGUCUCCCCAUCACUUCAUGCUGAAGUUGGCUCCCCUCAUUCCACAGAAGUGGAUGACUCUCUCUCUGUCUCUGUUGUUCAGACUCCAACCACAAUGCAAGAAGCAGAAGUUUCCCCAUCUAAGGAGGACAGUCCCCGGCCUAUGUCAAUCUCCCCUGACGUUUCCCCAAAAACUGCAAAACUGAGAAUGCCACAACAGGAAACAAGAUCCCCUGAGCAGUCUUUGUCAGCUGAGUGUGGACAAGAAUCCCCGGAACACUCAUUUGCAUUGGAUUUCAGCAAGCAGUCACCAGAUCAUCCAUCUGUAGGAGGAAUACAACGUACAGCCACUGAAAAUGGUCCAACAGAAGUUGAUUACAGCCCCUUGGAUGGAACCAGUCUUGUGGGAGAACAGCGCAGACCUGGGGAAGAUGGGGACAAGGCAAUGCUUUUCAAAGAACCUGAUAGUACCCAGGUUGCCUCUGUUUCCCCAUCAGAUGCCUCUCAGUCCACCCCAUCAGUUACAACACCCUCCCAAAUUGGGGAGCCAAGAGAAGUUUCUCCAAAUGUAGGACAAUUCCCAGAGUCUGUUACUCCAAAACAGUCACCCCGCGAUCACUCCCCUUUAUCUCCUGAUUCAUCUCCUGUUCUAGGUGGACCAAGCACCUCACAUGAAGAAACAGAUAAGGAUAAACCUAGUCCCAGCUCAUUUUACCAAGAGACUGGUGUGGAUAAAAUAGAGGACAGACAACAUCUGGACAAGACUCCUCCAAAGGCCGCGUCACCCUCAUCUCCAACGGUGUCAUCUUGUUUUUCUCCAAAGACAGAAGAGCUUAAACUUGGUUUAGGGACAAAUCCCUUCACAGACUCAAAAUCCCCCACCAGUCCCAAAAUACCAUCUCCAGCUCAACAUUCUCUUACUUCCUCUCCGACAGAUACUAAAGAGAAGAUUUCCAGCAGCUCCACGUCAUAUUCCUACAGCUGUCAAUAUGGAGAAUCUACCAGCAUUUGUGAUGGUGGAUCCAUAGGACCAGAUACCUCAAAAACAAGCCCUUCUUGGUCACGAGCAGAUGUGGACUUGUGUUUGGUGACCUCCUGUGAAUACAGACAUCCAAAGACAGAGCUUUCUCCAUCUUUCAUAAACCCCAGUCCUCUUGAGUACUUCAUGAAUGAGGAACAGCCUCUGGAGGAGGAAAAGCCCCUUGCUAAGUCUGGAGGAGGUCCGCCGCCACCUGGAGGGAAACAGCAGAGCAAGCAGUGCGAGGAAACUCCUCCAACUUCUGUAAGUGAAUCAGCGCCUUCUCAAACAGACUCAGAUGUUCCUCCUGGCACAGAGGAGUGCCCAUCAAUAACUGCAGAAGCAAAUAUUGACUCUGAGGAUGACUCCGAAACACUACCAACAGAUAGGACUAUCACUUACCGUCAUGCAGACCCACCUCCAGUCACGCCCAGAGACCCCGCUCCUGCCCCUCCACAUCCUGACGCCUGCAUGGUGGAUCCUGAGGUCCUUAAGGCUGAAGAGGCAUCCCAAAAAGAUGAAAAGGGGAAGCCAAAAAAGAACAUCAGCAGCAAGACUAAGUCCUCUGCAACAAAGAGCUUGUCAAAAACAAGCGCCAUCAAAGAGUCGAAAGUGUCCUCUCCAAAAAAGACUACAGAAGAUAAAGAUGCCAAAAAUGCUACCAAUACCUCUGCAUCAAGGGGAGUGAAAAGCAGCACUUCAGGAAGCACUAAGUCCGGCAGUGGAACAGCAGCACCUAACUGUCCUCCAAUGUAUAUGGACCUAGUUUACAUACCAAAUCACUGCAAUGCCAAGAAUGUCGAUGCUGAGUUUUUUAAACGGAUCCGAGCCUCCUACUAUGUAGUUAGUGGUAAUGAUCCAACAGCACAGGAGCCCAGUAAGGCAGUUCUGGAUGCUCUGUUGGAAGGAAAGAGCCAAUGGGGAAAUAAUAUGCAGGUCACACUGAUUCCAACCCAUGACACAGAAGUUAUGAGGGAGUGGUACCAGGAAACCCAUGAGAAGCAGCAAGACUUGAACAUCAUGGUUUUGGCGAGCAGCAGCACUGUGGUCAUGCAAGAUGAGUCUUUCCCUGCAUGUAAGAUUGAGCUGUGAUUGUCAUGAUCCAGAUGUGGCAGAGGUUGGAUGUUCAACAGCAAACACAUGAAAAACUUAGUACACACAUUCACAAAAGCAAAUAUUUUGGCUCACAUUCCAUACACCCAAUAGAGGAACCAGUAAAAUGUUUCUCAGUAGAAUUAUCUAGUACUUUUUGAGGUCUUAGUUUGUAAAAAUGCUUGGUUAGAUAUUGUUGACCACAUAAAGAACAGUUUUAGUGUGAAUUAGACCUCUUUAAACACAUAAACAACCAGCAGAAGCUAAACUAAACUGACUAAAUACAUACAGUAGUCAGUGGAUGAACACUGUACUGAGCAGCUCCAAUAAAAUUGACAACAAAAUACAAAUUUACUUAUGUACACAUAAACACAUGAUAAAUGGAUCACAGAAAAAGAACUCCGUAAAUGGUAAUGUUUACACCAAAGGUUGAGGGAUUGUUUUAAUGCCUUAGAAAGUUAAACUGAAUGUACAACAAACACAAUGCACUUAAUAUGAGGACAAUUAAGUGGUAUGUAUGAUCCACAGUUACAUAAUUAUAUCAUAGGAUGCAAAAGCUACAUUAAACAUCAUAUUCCAGCCGCGCACUUUUAUGCCAGUUGCAUAAAAUAUGAAUGUGACGCUUGCUACCUUUGCGAUUAAAUGCAAAAUAGAACAAAGAUCUAACCAAUUUAAAAGAUGCCUGAGAAACGUAAAAUACCUUAAGUUGUACGUAAAAAAAAAUACUGUUAUAGUACAAAAAUACAUCUCAUACCUCUUCUUCCUGAACAAGCAAAGAAUUCAAUUAAUUAUAUUGUCACCACUGUAUGCAAUUUUAACUACCCAUUAUUAGCUUGAAAUUUCACAAAUUUUACACCAGCCUUUUUUUUUCAAUAGGGAAAAAUAUUAAAUGUUUGAACUCCAAAAAUUGUUACUCAUCAAUUCAUACUAAUUAUUUGCACAGUUAUUUAUGUUAAUAUUUUUAUCUGAGCAAUACAGUUGUUAUAUUUAUUUGCUUUAUUUAAUGCUUAAAUUAUUUAUAACUUUUUGGGCAUUCCUAUGAAGUUAAUCAUGAAAGUUCAUCAAAUCAUCUCUAAAAUGCAAAACUCAAAGUUGUGUCAAAGUUCAAUAUUUUCGUUUUGCUUCUCUUACUCCAAACGGGGUUGAUUAUCCUUUUAACUGAACAUUUCUCCCAAUGUUGAGAGCUCUUCUGUAUGCACUGUUCAUCCAAAUCUUCUCCAUCUAAGAUAUUUAUUUUCUUAGCUUGUCAAUGUUGCCAAGAGGAGCCUUUAAGAUUGUGGUACAUUGAAAGUUGAGAAGCUAAAAACUUUCCUUUCCUUAGGAAUCUUUUAUAAAAUUGCACUGUACUAUAAUUAUAAAUAGCUUAGUGACGGAGUGAGUGGUCGGAUGAUAUGUGCAUGUGUAAUGUAUUAUCCUUGACAUUUCUCUGUGCUUUCUUUCACUAAGAGGGGAAACUCACUCUUUACUGCCAACAAAUCACUGCAAGGAUGUGACGAAUAAUUCAUGAUUGGAAAAAUCAUGAACUUGGAUCAGGUUUACUGUAUCUCAAUGUCACUUUUUAUCACUAACCAUACAGUCAUGAAAAUUUUACCAUCUCACUGAAGGUUGUCAAAGAGAUUUGAAUUCUGAUCAUUAAUUCCUAUAAUGCUAACACAGUAUACGGAUUUUACAGUUUACCACUAUCUACAUGACAAUACAGGAUUAUGCCACAGGUUGUUAAAAUAUUUCAAAGCCAUGUCUGCUUGAAAUAUUUUAAUUACAAUAUUUACAACUAACAACACAUCAACUGGGGGACUUGGUGCAGUUGUGCCAAUCCUUUUCAACAGCUCAGUAUAACAGUAAACUUGAUACGACAUUUAAAAACUGGACACUUCUUAAUUCCAUACUAACAGCAGCAAUGGUUAACAUACUCUUCUAGCAACAUGCUUCAGCAAAGUGCACAGUUGUUUAUCCGCAAUAUGUCUACAAUUCUAAAUAGAACACCCACAUCCAGUCUAUCACUCCCCUCUUUCCUCUGAACCCCUGUAAACACUUCACUUUCUCGCAAAACUUCACAAUCCCUCUGGUUCGCCUCGCUCACCUUCGGGUGCUAGUAAGAAUAUGUCUGCAGUUGUGUAUGAAAUAUAUAUCUUGUGAACUUGCAUCUUUCCUCUUUUCAUUCCUAAUCCCAUAUCUAGAGGAUAGUCUCAAGUGAAAGUAUUACCUUGUGCUUUUUCUGAUGUUUGUGUGCGAUAACUCUUCCCAAUUAUGGGGUGUUUGAUGUAAAGGGAACUACACUUAAAAGGAAGGUAAAUCAGUCCACAAUAAAUAAUUUUGUGGAAAAUA